CCGACGACUUAACACGAGAGAGAGCAGAGCGCCAGUGACAACUAAAGGCUAUGUGAAGUGACAGCUGAUUGUGAGAAGGGCUGCAUUGCUACACAACAACACUGCCAUGCACUCGACUGCCGACAGGUUAAACGACAAAAACAUAUUACACUUGACAUUUUGACAUGUUGAGUGCAGCAUCGCAAAUCAAAGUUGAAGAGUUCAUGUGACGUGACGGCUUUUUACAACGGCAACACAAAUAAAUAACAAAAAGCACGCAAAACAACAACAGCAACACAUUUUGGUGAAUGCAGGCCGCAAGGCACAAAAGAGACAAAGCGGAGGUGGCACAGCAAAAGCGAACUAAAGAGGAUAUGAAAUAAUAUGCAAAUAAAGUAAAUAGAAGCAAAGUGCAAAGGAAGCAAAAAAAGUUAACCAAAACAACUGGACAAUAAAGGAAAAAUUUGUGGAACGAUUUCGAUUGAACAAAAUUGAUGCGCCUGACAGAGCAGCAGCUGCUACCGAAAACAGCGACCAACGAAAGGAGCAACAGGAAUCAAUAAAACGCGUACAAUAAUAACACUAAGAGCUGUGAAAAAGCAGCAAACAAAGUAGAGAAGUCCAGUUGAAGGAGCAUACGAAAUAAUUGAAAUUGAAGAGGGUCCACAGGCGGCAGCUGCUGUAACGUGAAGCGUAAGGAUUUGCAGGCGCAGACAGUCAAGCACUCGAGCAAGGCAACCGGAAAAUAAUAGCGCGAGUGUCAAGUGGAAGCGGUGUACGCCGGAAUGAAUAAGCUACCAGUGGCUUUAUUGGCCAGCACUUUGCUGCUGUGGCAGGCCACGGCGCUGGCGGGGCGCAUCGUGAAGCGCAGCUAUUCCGAUCAAAGCGUGCACGGCUACCAGACGGAGCGCACAUGCUGGUGGAACGAGGUGUGCAAGGAGGAAUUUCAAAAUCUUUUCCGCUGCAAGUGCCCACAAUUCUCAUACUGCCGCUCACCAGGACGCUACUACAAUGCGUAUUGUUCAAUGACCGACACCGGCUACAUAUGGACGCAGCCAACAUGGGACUGGGUACCUUGAAUGCUGCCACCGCCGGUUGACUGCCUACAUAUUUAAAUGCUAAGCACACACCAACACACGUAUAUAUAUAUCACAUAUUCAUAUACUUACGCACCCACAUUUGCCUAUAGUUAGGUUAGAUAAUAUUCAAAAGCAAAGAACAAUGAAAAGUCGUAAAAAUAUAUAUAGUAUAUAGUCUUACAUACAUAUGUAUGUAUAUUAAAGCUAGCUCUAAGCGCAAAGAGUGCUUAUUAUUAACACAGACAUACUAAUGGUGCUUUACAACACACUUUUAAACUUAAAAAAUAUUUUACACAAACAAUAAAAACACAUACAAACACAAAUAUAACAAAUUACAAUUGUUCCGUUAUUCCCAACAGUCAUUUAUAUAUACACUUAUAGCAUAGCUUAAACAUAUUUACUAAUAUAUUUAUGUUAACCUUCUUUAAUCCAGCGCUUAAGCUACUUUUCAUAUAAAUACCAUUAUAACAUCUGAUCAAAUUUGACCCGGACUGGCAAAAGGAAAACUACAUUUUUACCAAUUUUAGUAUAAAUCUAAUUAUUGCCUUCACAAUAGACUCCUGAGCCAAUACAAGCAUAUCAACGCUUAAUUUAAUUUUCCAUGCGUUUCUAUUUUCUUCGAUUAUAAGACUCAUCCUUAUUUAAAACAAUUUAACAUUUUCCGAUUUCCUACAGCACUAAAAAAAGGUUCUCCACUUUGCAGGAAUUACGGACUUCUACGUAGAAACCUAAAAAAAAUCUCUAUUAAAAAAAUAAAAAUUGACAAAAUGGCGGCAUAUUAAAAAAAAAAAUUUUUUACUCAAAAUUUGGAUCGUUUUUUGUCUGCGAAAACUCGAUAGAUGGAGAACCGUAUACAUAUCAUGCUCAAAAAUAUGAUAUUAAUGGGUUUAAAGAUAAACUGUUAGAGCUGAUUGAGCUGAGCGGCUGCACUUUAUAACGCUGUAACUCAAAAACUAUUUGAGAUAUCGAUUUAAAAUUCGAGUAUAUUAGUUUUAAUAGUAUAACCUAUCGAAAUGUGAAAAAAAUAAUUUUUUGUAAAAUUUCACACUAAAUUUGCAGCUUAACUAACAAAUAAUGUUAAUAAAUUUUUGACAUUUAGGCUCAUUACGCCUAGACUUCAAAGCAAAAGCGGUGCCGAAAGUAACAUUGAUUCCAUUCUCACGAAAUCCAUCUGUUAGCGAUCUCAAAACCUUAUGGUUUUGUAAACUACUUAAGGCGUUUAGAAGUAUUCGCUACCAAAUAUUUUAGAAGAAUGCUGACAUUUCAUGGCUGUAUAAAAAUCUGUGUUCGUUCCGGUUACGUAAGGCCAUCUGUAGUGAGAGUCUUUAAUUUAAUUUUUUUUUAAACUUCAAAGCUGCGACAUCAAGCUAUUCGCUUCGUAUUCUUUGGUUUUGUGAGAAAUAGUGAUUUUAAACAGCGAUAACACGAUACACUACCUAAUUUCUGAAUUUCACUUAAGGAAUAACUUCAGAAAAUAUUAAAAGUUACAUACAAUCACAUAUGUUUACAUAUAUCGACACAUACUCACACAUACAUUCCUGAAAGCUUUUACGAACGACCAAUCAACUAUGCUUCCAAAUUAGUGAACCUUAUACAUUAUUAGUAUAAUAACACGUUAUUUAUAUAUACCCAAAUAUACAUAUAUAAGCAUAUGUGCAUAGAAUAUUGUACACAUAUAUGUAUAUAUACAUAUGUAAAUACGCGAAAAAUCAACAACGCGAACAUUAAAUGAUCAUAUCCUCUAAAACGUUUUACCUUAUUAACCUUAAAGACUUAUUGAUGCAACGUCAUCCCAUUUGGUGGGCGAACCCAAACACAUACAUGCACAUUCGAAAUAAUAUAUAUAUAUUUAUGCACGGCACAGUUGUAGUUAUGCAAACGAUUACAAAUAUAUUGUUAUUAGUCUACAUACCUAUAGCAUACAUGUCAGAGUUAUGCUAAUUAUAUCUACUUACAUAUAUAUACAUACACAAUAUAUAUGUAUACAAAUGCUACGAUAAGUAUGAUAUUGUUGAUGAAGUUUUAUUAAAUGACAUAUUAAUAAAUCUGCCAAUUUGAAAGCAACAAAAACAAUAAUUA